GCCAACAAUGAUUUGCAUUUCGACCAGUCUUCCAACCGAUCUGCGACGUCUUUAAACCACAAAUGUCAACUCCCAGCUCUACCGUCUAGUCCCAUAUUGCCUCUUGAAGGUACUAUCUGUCUCGUUUGCGCUUGCAAAGACUCCAAUACUACUAUGGCAGCAACGAACGGGGUGUGGGUCUUGCAAGACUCACCUGAACUCGAAUUGAAGUCCGAGUCCAACGACCAGCAGAUACUGUGGAAAACAGACCCGUUCCCGAAACCGAGCAAUAUUGUAGAUCAAGUGAAAGACGAGUCUAGUACCAAUGGCAUGGAUACGAUACCUGCACAAAUGCAGGGCCAACCCAACAUGACAUCGGCCAAGGUCGAGGUGGAUUCCGAAGCACGAGAACACUUGGAGGAGGCACGCACCACGAGAGAAGGAGGAUUAGGAUCGACAAAUGGUGUCAAAUCUGAGUACGGAGAGCAAAGUGCAGCCGACCAUGCAAAUAGCUCUCUUGUUGAAGCCGUUGCAACUCCAGUCCUCGGACUUGAGCAGACAAACAUCGCGGAUACCAGUCUUCCAGUAGAAAUUACUCAUACCUCGGCCGAUGAGUAUGUGGUUUCAGAGCCUGCUGGGGUAGUAACUUCUGAACCAACAGUAGUCGCAGCCAUUGAGGACUUAUUUUCACCAGAUCAGAUUAAGUAACAUUUUCGGGACCACUUUCGGCGUAUUUAUGAUGCUGCCAAUUUCAGCUAUUGCGAAGCACUUUGAAACGCGCCUAAUCCUGGACUUAUUAUCGAUGGCAUAGGUGAGAUUGGGUUUCCUCUGUCUGAUCUAGACAUCCUUAAGAUCUAGAGAAUAAGCAUAGGGCCAAGUUAGAACAUCACUGGCG